CAAUUCUACUUUCCAAUCCCAUAGAAUUCUCAUGAACUACAACUUCCAUCCCAACCAUUAGCAUAACCUCAUACAUGCUAAAUCUUUCUUCUUCCUCAAUACCACUGUACCCCUUUUUUCGUGAAGAGGCCCAUCAACGUCCUAUUGCCCUACAGGAAACCUCGCCAGAAACCUUGAACCCAAAAAUUGGUUGGGAAUAUCUCCGCAAUGUCUAAACUCGAAGUUCCAGUCUCUAACUGGUCUUCUAUCGACGAUGAGACCACCAGCCUUAUCCUUAGUCUUUUACUAGAUGACAUCAAGCACGCAACAUCGUCGGGUAAGGGCAAGCAAGUUGAGGGUACCCUGGCAGAUAUAGACUUAGCUAUUCAGCUUUACACCGAGGAGUUGGAAAAGGCAGCAAUGUUCACGUCUGAUCAUCGGAUGACAAAGAGUAUCCAGAUGGCUUGCCAGAUGGAUUCUGAGGCCCUCAUUCAAUCUGAGCGUGAAGAGCAGAUGGCCCACCACGACCACGAAGUUUCGACAUUAAUCCAACAACAGAAUUCAGAAGUGUCGGAGACAGAAAUCGAUUACGCCGACCCGUCAGUCGCAGAGUUAGAGCUUUUGGACAAGCUGUCCGCGAUAUAUAUCACUGGUAUAGACGAUGACAAGACUGAUGAUGAGGGUUGCGUUGAGAUCGCCAACACAGAAACAGCAGGGCAACCCGAAUGCUCUUCCUGGGCUGCUUCUCGCAAGUCCCAAAACGUGACUCGUAAGCGGAGAUGUCUAGCCUGUGACGACAAGACGCAUUUCACAAAUCUAGCACGAGCUACCUGUGGACACGAGUACUGUCGCGAUUGUCUUGGACAGCUAUUCCAGAAUGCGAUGUCCGAUGAGACACUUUUUCCACCACGAUGCUGUCGACAACCCAUCCCGCUCGACCAGAAUCUCCUCUUCCUCGCCGAGGAUUUGGUACGCCAGUUUCGCGUCAAAGCUGUGGAAUUUGCAACACCGCAACGGACGUACUGCACUCGACGAACAUGUUCCGCAUUCAUCCAUCCGGAUAACUGCCAACUUGGCAUCGCAACUUGUGCUGAUUGCGGCCACCAGACGUGCACUACUUGCAAAGGGCCCUCGCACUCUGGGGACUGCCCCCACGAUGAAGAUCUACAAAAGGUUCUUGAAAUUGCGAAGGAAGAAAGAUGGCAACGAUGCCCGGGAUGCCUUUCAAUGAUUGAAUUAGAAACUGGCUGCUUUCACAUGACCUGUAAGUGCGGCUCGGAGUUUUGUUAUCUUUGUAGUAAACUAUGGAAAAGCUGCGAUUGUCGCCACUGGGACGAGCACCGUCUUCUCAAUCGCGCCGAGGAGAUUGAAAAUAGAAACCAUGCCAACAAUCGGGGUCCCUAUGUUCCCCCGGCGGAUCGGAGAGAGAACCUUGGCCGCAUUAUGCAAAACUUACGAGACCACCACGAGUGUGACCACUUCAACUGGAGCACCCGAUCUGGGAGAUUCCGAUGUGAAGAAUGUCAUGAUUUCUUGCCAAAUUAUAUCUUCGAAUGUCGACAAUGUAACAUCCUUGCUUGCAGAAGAUGUAGAUUUAAUCGAUUCUAAGGACUGAGGUGGUGAAUCUGGGAAGGUAGGGAUACAUCUGUCGGUACUUUGGUAGUAUUUAAGGUAGACGUUACAAAAUGCGAAGAAUUCGAGGGUUAGGGUUAGGGUUAG